UGUGGGCGUGAGGCGGCGUCACCGGAGGCGGGCUCAGCUGGCGGCCGGAAGUUGACUUACAGGGCGUCCGAAGCGAAGGCCGCAGCACGAGAUGGGAUCCAGGGCGUCCAGUCUGCUCCGGGAGGAGGAGAUCGAGGACAUCAAGAAGGAAACGGGCUUCUCUCACAGCCAGAUUACACGCCUGUACAGCAGAUUCACCAGCCUUGACAAGGGAGAGAAUGGUACACUCAGUCGUGAAGAUUUCCAACGGAUACCUGAGCUGGCCAUUAAUCCUUUAGGAGACAGAAUAAUUAAUGCCUUCUUCCCAGAAAACGAAGACCAAGUGAAUUUCCGAGGCUUUAUGCGGACCCUUGCUCAUUUCCGACCCAUCGAGGAUAGCGACAAAAACAAAGACCCUCGUGUUCCUGAGCCACUCAACAGUAGGAACAACAAGCUUCUUUUUGCUUUCAGGCUGUAUGAUCUUGACAAGGAUGAUAAAAUCUCUCGAGAAGAGCUCCUGCAGGUCCUUCGCAUGAUGGUGGGAGUUAACAUAUCUGACGAGCAGCUGGGGAGCAUUGCAGACCGGACAAUUCAAGAGGCAGAUCAGGACGGCGAUAGUUCAAUCUCCUUCAUGGAGUUUCAGAAGGUGCUGGAGAAGGUUGAUGUUGAGCAGAAGAUGAGCAUUCGUUUCCUCCACUGAAUCCUCUUCGUUGUGACUCAGCAGCAGAUCUCUCCAGUCAGGCUCUGUCAGCCUCGGACCUCACCACGUUACCUGAUCAUGUAGAGAACUUUGUCAAUCACACAGGAGACUGCCAUUCAUUUAAUUGGUUUCCCCAAUCCUGGGCAGUGGUGGGAAUUGUUACUCAGUGUGGCAAUUCCUGGGUCCCACCAGUUACCCUUCAGUGUGGCACAUUUCACCUGGCUACCACUGAGCAGUGAGAUGCAGGACAAACAAACUGAAUAACUUGCUGGUGGGACAGUGCUAUGCCUUCGGGAGGUGACCAGCCUGAGGGGGUCCAUGACUCUCAAUGGACUUGUACUGUUCUGGUGCUCCCUGGAACAGACUAUUCUCUGAUUGUAAGACCGAAUGGGUGGCAAUUAGGUGCUUUUAAAUUGUAUUUGCUGGUUUUUCUGAUUGGGGUUAUUGAUUAUGGGGUAUUUAUUAGUCCAUUGUUGUAUAAAUUGUUUUUAAAAUAUUCACAUUAUAGGCCCUUUAGUCAGCUGUCUUGCUCUGUCCAUUCCCUAGCACAAGAUCAGGGCUUGUCCAGGUGAUGGGAAAUGCAACACUAUUGAUCCUUUCAGAUGAGGCCUCUUAUUUCUCCAUGCAACCUUAUCAGUUUCGGGCUCCUCUGGGUGUUGUCUCCACCCUUCCGCCCUCCUUCCCACUCACCAUCCCCACAAAUACCAGCACACCUCGAACCCUUCCCCACUUUUCCACAUUUGCUGGAUGCUGGUGAAAUCCCUGCCUGUGUUUAUAGCUGCUGCAGCCUGCUCAGCUUCGAUGUUCCUCUACAUCAGUUUUGUUCUUUUAGUAUUGCCUAUGAAGAGCUUGCCCUAUUCUCAGUAACUGGGUUUCUCAGUGAACACUAAAGUUGACUCUGUGAAACCAGUACUUUAUUGUGCAGUAUAGAAUUAUAGUGAGGCUGUCCCUCUGCACCUCUAGCCUCCAGGCCGGUACUAGUAACAUCAUUAAUGAACCAGUUGCUACAUUGCAGUAUGUUUAUAUUUAACUCUCGUGCAUGCAUUCAUCCUGAUAACUCAGCACCUUGCAGCAACCUUCACACGUUAUUCACUGUGGUACGGAUUCCUUCACUGCAACACUAACCGGGAGGCAGGGCUGGGACUGCCCAGCAUUCUGGAACUUAAACCAGAUUUGGUUUAUUUUACUUCAGAAUACUCAGACAACUCGACCCUAAUUUUGCCAAGCAGUACACUAUGGAUUCCAAGAGCCUGCUGCAGAACCAAGGGACAAACUCCAGUAUUUAACUUGGGAUCUGAUCUUCAGAACAGGGCUCAGUCAUUUGAUCUGUUUCUCAGACCUGCCCUGCUUCUGGGGUUCACUCUUGUUCUUUGAGUCAAGAUGUUCCAUCCCAUUUGAAUUUCUUUUAUUUGGGUAUUUUUGAGUCUGUCCUUGUAUGCUCCACUACAGCGACUGAUGUAGCAUGUGAAGCUCCUGUCUCUAAAAGCUGCAUGCAGAGUGACUGGCCCGGGUACCUUCACUUGCUUCAUGUUCUGUGUUCCCUCAGAGGCGCGUAGGAAGGUGAUGAUUACGCAAGUCCUCCUUACAAAGAUUGAUGGGGAGUUUCUGUUCUGGUUGAACUGAACAUAUUGUGUGAGUGGGUGUGACUUGCUCUCAAGUACUGGAUAGAUUCACAUUGUCCUUUCCUGAAUUGUGCCAUCACUUUCUUCCCCAUGAGAAGACUAUCUGUACAUUUCAUAAAUAAAACAUUUAAUCGUUCCCUCA